AUGAAGCCAGUUCAGGGCUCAUCUGCACGAAUUAACCCAGACACAGGGAGCAAGGCGACUGUCAAAAACCCAGCCACUUCGGGAUACGGCCUCACAGGCCCAGGUCGCCCAAAGCCCAAAGCCCCUCCAUCCCAGCCUUCGGAGUCGAAGAUUGUUCGAUUGAAGCUCACAAAACCAAGGCCGCCCAAAUCCAAUCCCCAAGAAGUGGACUGGGAUGAAGAUCUUCGCCCUACACCGAACGAGAUAGUUGAGAAUAAAGGGACUCACGGAGGAAUCUCCGUUGCCGAUACAGACCCGAACCGACCGAAAACACUUAGCAGAAACACAGCAAGCAAGCGAGCAAUGCCAUCAAAGCCACAAACAACCUCGGCCAAACGCAGAAAAUCGAACACGAGGAAGAGCACUACUACCAACGAGGGCAGCACCAGAGGGCUGCAAUUGCCAUUGGUAACCCUUACUGCAAGCACUUUGCCUCCUGCAGCCCCUCUGGGUGAUAGUGGGCCUUCCGAUAUGGGUCCCUUGGAUGGGCAAAGCAAAGAUGAUCCCACGAAGCGCAAUGAGCAUGUGCCCGAAGCUGCACACCAACCUUCGCCACCGACAGAUGGCCACAACAAGCAUGGAAACAACAGUGACGGGGGUGUGUUCGUCGAGAUAAGAAGCUGCACAUCGGUGACAACCGAUUCAUCCUCGGAUUUCGAAGAACAUGGCAAAGGGCCAUCCCGUACUUCAAAAGUUAGCAUCCUAGAGCAUCGGGCACAGUCCAAUGGACAAACAAACAAAGGCAAAGCUGUUCAUGUGAUGUCCGAGGUAUCCUCAAGCUCCGACGUCGAUCCCAAAGCACCGUCUCGCACGACUACUUCAAAGGUCACCAUCCUGGAGUCAAGGGCACUUCCAAAGGGACGAAGAAGUCAGAGCAAGGCGGUUCAUGAAAAGAGUCAAUCCAAACAUCAUGGUAGAGCAGAGAGCGUUGGCAACAAGCUGAUGCUUGCGCUCCAUGGAGCCGAGCCUUAUCAGCACGAAGCAGUCAAUGAUAAAACUGCACCUCUCAUCAUCUCAUCUGAUCCAGUGCAACCAGAGGGAUCUCCCAAAAAGCAGCAGUCCGACCAAAUGCCGGCCGACACAGUGUUGGAACACCCAAAGGCUGAAAGCGUACUGGACACAGCAAUUCCAGUUAAAAUGCCUCAAAACCAAACUGAGCCUGAGACUGUCAAUCCAGCAAUGAUUGCCAAAAUACUUCCGGAAGUGCAGAUAGAACAGGCAGAUGACGCAAGCUUCUGGAAGCUCCUGGGCGAUGACAGGUUGUCCACUACAGCGAGCUCUUCAGAAUUUGAAGCCAGCAGAGGCUUGAUGGGCAACGGCCCUUCGAUCCUUGAUUAUCACAUGGAAAUGGAACAUAUUCCCGGAUUUGCAACCUUGCAACCCAUGAGAUCUGCACCGACCACCUCUUCACACGCCACUAACAUCUGCGAAAGCCAGGCGGAUAGCUCAUCGGAGAUUUCGAAUGUAGAAAAAUAUCUCACAGGACGGAUUGAGGGACGUGGGUCUAGCCAUACUCCGGAGUCUCAAAAACCUCUUCUCACCAAUGAAUCCCUCAUGGAACUGAAUUCCACGUCUCCCCAGCUCCCAAAAUCAGUUCUAAAGACCAGCAUUGUCGACAGUAACGGUAGUCCUCGACUCAUGACCCAGUCAGCCAAGAGCAUGGUUGCACCUCAGUUUGACCUGGAUGGUGAAAAGGGCCACGAAGAGACAAUCAGUGUCACGGACAACAGCCCAAGUGAAUACGGUCGAAGCUCAUGCAGUAUUUCCACCGAGAGUAAAUAUGAGAAGCUCAUGUGGACCAAGUUCCAGAGAGACAUGUUCCUGGAAUAUGGGAUCCAAACGGAAAAACUGGCGAGAUCUCACCCAUGGCCGUCGCCUAAAAAGCACCAGCCAUCGUUUUCCCAGGAGGGUACUGCUGAUGGGGCCAAGUCCGAGAAAGCAUCGACAAAUGGACCAAGUUCACAGAGAACGAUCGGCGAGAGAGCAUUAGGUGGUGCUCCUUCAAAGAAUCACGAGUAUCUUGACCAAUCGUUCCGAACAGAUAUAUCAGGGUCAGCACAGCCAGCUGCUAAAUCGCACCAAUCCUCUACGAUGGGCGGUCAUGACGAUAUGGAAUGGAUAUCAACUUUGCAAGUGGCCCAGAAGGACGCGCACCACCUGCUUCAGCAAACCAAUUCGCAUUUGUCCACUCAGUUGGCGGCAGAAAAGGCCACUGUCAGUCGAGUCCUGGAGAUCUACCGAGAGGGGUGUAGUCGGAUUCUUGAUGACCUGUUCCAGGCGCAAGAAGCACGAAUGCAGCUAUACCGGCAACAAAUGCAAUCUGUCAAGGAACAACAUGCAGAUAUAUGUCAAGACCUGGUUCGCGGACUGCAGGAGCUCGACCGUCGGGUGCAACAAGGGCCAAUCUGA